AUGGCUUCGUCCAAUGAACCUGUGACCAUCGAGUCGCUGCCCGAGCUUCUGAAGAAUGACAACAAAGUGAAGCUAGCCGGCAUCGAUGUUGACGGCAUGCUCCGGGGAAAGCUGGUGUCCAAGAACAAGUUUCUAUCCGUCGCCAAGUCUGGCUUUGGGUUCUGCUCUGUCAUCUUUGGCUGGGACAUGCACGAUAUGACAUAUAUCAAGGAGCUCAAAAUCAGUAACGCCGAGAACGGCUACCACGAUCUUAUUGCCAUUCCAGAUCUGUCCAGCUUCCGCCGCAUCCCCUGGGAAGAUAACGUGCCUUUCUUCCUCGUCAGCUUCUUCGACCCGGACACUCAAGAGCCUAUUUGCGCAUGCCCUCGUGGUUUGUUGAAGAAUGCUCUGGCGAAAUUGCAAGCCAAGGGCUAUGGUGCCAUGGCCGGAGCCGAGUACGAGUUUUACCAAUUCAAGGCGCCUACCCGCGCCGCCGAAACCACGACCUCCACGGCCGGAUACCUCCAAGAGAACCCCCCACAAGCUUUGCCGUCCCUUACUGAGGGUAUGUUUGGCUACAGCUUGACUCGAACGGUGCACAACAAGGAAUACUUCUAUGAUAUUUUCGAGACUUGUUCCCAGUUCAAGUGCGACAUUGAAGGGUGGCAUACCGAGAGUGGCCCUGGUGUCUUUGAGGCAGCCCUUGAGUUUGGGGAGAUUGCACAGAUGGCCGACAGAGCCAGCUUGUUCAAGUAUGUUGUCAAGUCGGUCGCAACAAAAUACGGCAUUACGCCAUGCUUCAUGGCGAAGCCAAAACAAGGUCUGCCUGGAAACAGCGGACACAUGCACGUAUCCAUCGUCGAUAAGGAUGGCAAGAAUCUUUUCGCUCGAGAGACAAAGGACGAGAACGCACCAUACCCCGACGUUGCUAAUCUGUCAGACCUGGGUCGACAUUUCCUAGCUGGCUUGUUAGAAGGCCUCCCGGAUGUCAUGACCAUGCUAGCACCCACGGUCAACUCCUAUAAAAGACUUGUUGAGAAUUUUUGGGCGCCAGUGACGGUUUCAUGGGGCUUGGAGCACAGAGCAGCGUCGGUCCGCCUCAUCGCCCCGCCGACGUCGAAGCCGGGCGCAACGCGGUUUGAAGUUCGUGUUCCCGGCGCAGAUACCAAUCCAUUCUUCGUACUAGCAGCGAUUCUCGCCCUUGGAUGGCGGGGUGUUGAGAAGAAGUUGGAGAUCCCCGUUCCACCACUAGGCAAGGGCGAGGACGUCGGCGGCAGUGCUGACAAGGGUGUGAGGCUCGCAAAGAGUCUGCGUGAAGCAAAUGAUCGUUUUACGCGCAAGGAGAGCAUUGCGAGAGAAGUAUUUGGGGACGAAUUUGUCGACCACUUCGGCGGAACAAGGGAUCACGAGAUUCGGGUCUGGGAUGAGGCCGUGACAGACUGGGAGGUAAAACGGUACAUUGAAACGGUAUAG